CAAUCAUCCCCAUCCAGAAUACCACAUAUACCAAGAAAUCAAAUAAAUAAGCUGUUAUUAUGGCGAGACGAAGUAAAGGCAAGGUCAAAGUCAAAGUAGUUGCGGAUCCAAUUUUCAAAUGGGAUCUGAUACCCGAAAGUGAAAUGUUGGAACGGGAGGCUAAGUAUUUAAGUCGCCUUAAUGAUUUUGGAGUUAGUGCUGAUUUAGUUAAGCAUGCCCACAGCGAUUUCUAUGAACAGGAGGUUGAACGGGCGGCCAGGGAACAUUGGGAUCGCCAUUUGCGAUGCGAUGGGUUGCCUCGUCCUUACCUUCCUGUCGAAAUACGAACGUUUAUUUCCAAAAUACGUUUCUACGAUGAAAUCGAAUCUACCAAUUCGAUGGAUUGGACUUUGUCGGUGGACGAGCGCACCAUAUUGAAUCAGAAUAUCUUUCGGGUUGACAAAACGAGACGUAUGAUGAGGCUUACCAAAGAUAAUCCAGGUGGGCUCUACGACAAUAAUGUCCAGAUGUGCCUGGACACCUUGAAGCAGAUGGAUGUAAUGCUGGACAAUGAGGCGGAACUGGUGCGAAUGAGUGGACAGCGACAGAAGGACAUCAUGGAAGUUUUUACUGAAGUCGAGCUGGAAAUCGAUGAACUCUUUAAUCGCCUUACCUAUAGAGUAUUGAAAAUGCAAAAUACCUAUAUGGAUUCCGAAGAUGGCAAAGUGGCCACGUGGAGCUACAAGUGUAAGCCUUGGGAAAUGGAUAUGUGGGGACUACUAAAUGUUCCCAUAAUCUUUGAGCAGUUGGAAUUGCCAGUUAUGUUGGCCGAGUUUAAAGCCACGGGUGUUGAGGUCCAAAUACCGAAAAGCGUCUUAAAAGAUUGCGUUACCAUUCGCAGUAUACACACCGAUUUCGACAACAUUUCGCAGAAUGCCAAAAGCUUUGAGACAACGAUCUCUACAUCGCUCAAUUAUCCCACCGCUGGCAUAGUGAAUAUUGAGGACUCGGUGCUUAACGAAUGGCUGAUGCAGCAGGAUAUUCAAGAGGAGACUUUGACUCUGAUGUUGACGAGGCGGCAAGAGUAUGAGGAAACUAUGCAGAUCAUAGCCGAGAAAACAGAGGCGGCAGCCAAAGCGGCCAAACAAUCUGAUGCCGAUAAGACCGUCAAAAUAAUAAUACCCAAAGCUCCGAAAGAGCCUCCAUUUGUUCCAACGGGCAUGUUCCCCGAUAUCUACAACGAUUUUCUCAGAAUGGAGGAGAGCCAGUACUCGGGUUAUCUCGAUGAGGUUUAUCAUCCAAGGCAUCUAGAUAUGCAGGAAUUCGAGAUAAAUCUCAGGCAGUACAUUAUGCUCGGUGGCAUCUAUGCGAUCAUGUUUAUAAGACGUCCUGACCAGACUCAGUUCGAGAAGUUCAACAUUGUUUUGCACGAGGACGGACGGGUGCUGCACACCAUGCCCGAAAUGGUGGCAGAAAUUCAAGUGGCAAGAAUGCGCAGUACGAUUAUUCCCAGAAAAACCAGGGAGACCUUCCGGGGCACAAAGAUGAAGCUGGAAGACGACGAACUUCCGUAUUUCAUUGUAACCCUGCAGCUGCCACAGGAUCUGUGCAAGUGGAGUGAACCCGUGGUUUGCCAUUUCAUGACGGAGAAGGAGUUGGUUCCAAUCGAUUACAAACGGGAUUCACUCUGGAUGCCCACCAUGCAGGGUUCAGUAAGACAUUCGAAUUUUAGCGAAAGCGCAGGAAGUACCAUGUAUCGCGGCAGUCGAUAUUCAGUUGACUCAUCAAAUAUAUUUCGACCCACCAUUCGGUCGUUGCUCAGGCAAAGUAAAGUAGAAUCGGUUCAGCUAGCCGAAACUCCUUUGGAAGAUUUCAAUCUGCUUAAGAAAUUAAACCACUUGGAGAUUAGAGCCUUGGAGAAACAUUGUUUGCCCCGCAUUAUCUCCACGUUUAAGUUUCCCGUAGAUUUUCGCGAUGAUAAACGAGAAGGGGGAAAGAUGGGUCUAAAGGGUUUGGUCAAACGGCCAGAAGCCGAGGGAGUGGUUAAUCAGGUUGAGAAUUUAGAGUUAGAUUUUAAUUCCCAGCUCAAUAACGCGGAACGCAUGUUUCCCCACUUUCCGACCGUUGAUGAUAUACAAUAUCCUCCGCCUUCUGAGGAUUCGGAGCCAGGACCUAUCACUGUAUCUACAGCGCUUGGACUUUUGAAAUCAAUUGACGACAUUAAACUGAAGUAUCGCCAAAAGCCCUUAGACCUUUUGAAUCAGCCCGACGAGCAGGACAAAAAAUCGAAGCAAAAAAAAAUGAUGGUAAAGGAGGACGAAGAGUAUCAAGAAGGACAAACAGGAAGACGCAAGACCAGUAAGCUCUACGAAAAAAUACGCUCGAGUACUAGGGCGGAAAAGGCUGAAAAGACUGAUAAAUUUAGUAUAAGCGUUUCGGAGAAAAUUAAAAUGGAUGAGCUGCAGGAGCAAGACGUGACCCACUGGACCACAAAAUACAUUCACGACCCCAUUCUGGAUAGGGCGACCAGUAGACUCACCUUUAAAACAGACCGUCUGGGAUAUUUUGGAUUAGCUUUCAAGCGGUACGAACACUUUCCCUUUCGCGAGUGGUCAAUGCAGCCAAAUGAGGAAAAUCCGGAUGAGAUAAUACUCAUGGUGGACACAUAUCAUGUACGUAUAUUUUUCUACAUCACAUCGAAAGGUGUGCGGGGAUAUGUGACGGAUCUGAGCAAGGGGUACACUGCUAAGCCAAUUAAAUAUCUAGAGAUUUUAGAACCAAUAUCUGACUUUCGCGAAAUGCGCAAGUUGUUUAUGAGCAAGAACAUCAAUAUAUUUGCCGAGAACGAUGCUAGUUUCUAUAUAGAAAAUGGAUACUUCUCCAUGAAGCAUGUGGCACUCGAGCAGCACACAUAUAACAUCAUGGCACUCCAUUGCAAGUUGAUGAAAUUCUACCGAUCCAGCUGGAAUCGACUGGCCUCACGACGCGACAUCAUCAUGGGCAUGAAGAUCGCCAAGGAAUCCUCUGAUUAUUCAGAGGUAACACUGCGAAUAACCCCCGAAAAUACCACCUUCGUUCAGAUUUCAGAGAAUUGCUCGGACAAAGUAAAUGUGAUUGUGCUUACUUACAAUAACACUUGGCGAAACAUCAGCGAAUACACAGAUCUUCAUCAGGCCAUAAACUCGAUGGUUCCUAAUGCCACAGAAUUGCGUAAUAAGGAUUCCAUUCUUCUACAUUACGUAACGCGAAUGCUAAAAGAGAUCAGGCUUUUAAGCUUUUCGUAGGAUUUCUCUAUAUUUUGUACAUCAUACUUGGUAUCCUUGAAUACAAUAAAAACUGUUCACAGCGCA